AUGCAUCUCCCCCAGUUCUCCCAGCUUGUGGCGCUUAUGGCCAUUGUCACCCCCGUUUUGGCCGCUACUCAGGAUCCGGGCAGCCCCGUCAGCGUUUUCGACUUUCCAAAAAGCCCGGAUCGGGGUGGCUCUAGUGAGAGAAGGCAAAAGCACUACAUGGGCCACCCGAGGGUCCACGCCAGGUCGGACCCGGGUAGCCCCGUCAGUGUUUUUGACUUUCCGAAAAGCCCGGAUCGCGGUGGCUCUAGUGAGAAAGAGCGAAAGCACUACACGGGCCGCCCAAGGGGCCACUACCGGGUCUUUUAA